AUGACCCGCGGUAACCAGCGUGACAGAGACAGGGAGAAGAACUUGAAGAAGUUGGCUGCUCAAAAGAAGGGUCCGAAGCAGAGUGCGAGCAACUUGAAGCAGGUGCAGGAGGGUAAUGCGGAGAUCAUGCGCAAGAAGCAGGCGGCGGCCGAGGCAAAGAGGGCAGAAGAAGCGGCUGGGAAAAAGUGA